GUUAAUUGAACAUCACGAUUGCCGAGAUAGCUGUGAUUUAAUUAACUUUGUAAAAUAAUCGAAAUACAUAGCUUAGUUACACGGCAAAUACUGGAUAUUGGGAAAAGCCAUUCCCUCUGAAAUUCCAUUCGACAUUUGCGCUGGGAAACUUAAGAAUUGUGCCCUGUAAGUUUCACUUCGAGCAUGGCACUGUUUUCUGUAUCGUUACGAGUGUAAAAUGGAGCAAAGAUCUCCGACCUAAGGAAGUGAGUUCUCCACAGCGAGAAAGAGAUGAGUUACUGAGUUAACUGUGACAAGGUUGUUCGUGAUCGUUUCUCAAGAUGUUGAAAGCCUUGUCCUUAUUUGGUUUUCAUCAAGCAUUUUAGUGAUCUUCAAACGCUUUUGGCGAGCAUGAAAACAUUAACUUCAUCCGUAAAUUUUUCAUAUAGCUCUCAAAAAGAUGUUGUAAAAGUCUAGUAAAUGGUAAAAUGAAUUCUAAGUAACGAAUUAAUAUUAGAGAUGAACUUAGACUUUGAGGCUGCGCGCCAGAGAGCUGACGAUCGACUCAAUCAAGAACUCACAAGAAUUAGAAAUUUACCAAAAAGAAGCAAAAUCACUAUCUGCAAUAAGCAUGGAUUACAACACGCUCACCACAUGAACACUGGACUUGUCAAGAACCUUGAAGUAGAUCUCUCUAUUCUGAAGAGGGAGAAGAGAAGAGUUCUUAACGAGUUGAACAAGAAAAAAAGAGAAUUCGCUGAUUCUACGCAGAAAAGUUUCCCUAGACUAUUGGCGAUUCCUGGAAGGAAUGCUGCGGUUGAAGUGAAGAAACAGGAAAUAAAAAACAAGCAUUCCCCACAAAGAUUUAAAGCAACAUGGGGACGGACAUCGUUUUCAACUUACUUCACUCAAAAAGAGAGCGAAAGAACUCAACAGAAACGAGAAGUUCUGAUUGCAAUUACUGAACAAAGCAAGAAAAGAACCAAUCGAAUCAUUGAACAAAAUAUUCAAAAAAUGGAGAACAACAUCGUCGAAGAUGACGGUUUUAUUGCAAGACUAAAUAAACGAGAACUCAGCAAAAGUUGCUUUCCUUCGCUUCUUGAUACCCCAUCGAUAAAAGAAAAGGAAUUUCGUGACACAAGACGACGGAAAGCUGAUUCUUUUUACAAAGGGACGACGUACUUCAUGGCUGAAGACAGUCAUAACGUUGACAUUAGACAUGAUCAUUGAUUGAACUCAUAAUCAAUAUGGACAUCGGGUCCACUUGUCUUUGUUCAUGGCUUCCUUUGUUAAGCUUUGCUUCCAGCCCUGACUACUAUGGCUAUAUUGCAAGCAAAACGCGUUUUAACUUAAAAUGCACAUUUGGUUUUGGCAUCAAGAUUCCAUUGUUAAAACAGUCGUUUUCAUGCAUACAGAGGUCAAGAUGGGCCAUUAAAACAAGAAAAUAGAGUAUGUUUUACACCGUAGUUAUGGAUACUAGAAUUUGAGUGACACAAACGUGUAAAUAACAUAAUAUCUUUGUAUGAAAUUUGUACACUUUUGAAGUGAAAUCAUGACGUGGCCUUCCUUGCUACUCAUUGCGCCGCAUACUUUGAGUCCAUUGUCAUUAACUAAUAUUUAUUAUUUAUUAAGAUUAUAUUCAUCAUUAUCAUAACGAAAUUAUCAUCAACAACAUCAGUAUAAUAGUCAACUUUAUUUUGUGAUUGUUGAACAAACUGACUAAAGUGCAACGAAUAAAAUGACGUGUUUUUUUA